AUGCUAAAGCCCUUUUAUACCGGAAACUAUGUGAAUAAUCCUGAUACAUCUUCUGGCGGUCGUAUAGCACGAACAUUAUGCAAUAAGGUCGGGGACUUUUGUGCUUCUCGGAUUAUCCGGUCUGGUGCGUCAAGCACUCUGCACUUAAGGCGAUAUUUUUAUGUGUUGGGCGCAAAAACAUAUAACGUCACAACAAAUCAAUGGAAAGAAGUCAAUGUGACCGGAGGAGAAUUCAACUUUGGUAACCGAACUUCUUCUCAAUAUGUCAGUGUACCUGAGUCGGGUCUCGGAUUUAUUUACGGUGGAACGGACUAUAUGGGCGGAAUGAUCAGGUUUGAUGCUUCUGAUUUGGAGAAUCUGUUGUGGACAAAUGAGACGUUGGGUAAUGGAUCGCAUAGAUCUAAUGUGCCGAAUUUGGAGUCGGCUGCGAUGGUAUUUAUACCGGCGGGAGACAAGGGUAUGCUGGUCACCUUCGGAGGAGGGAAUGUCUCUGCAGGAAUAAGCCCCGACUCAGGCUGGCCGUACGAUUCCAACUGGCUGACUGUCUAUGUCUACGACAUUGCCUCGCACACCUGGCGAGCACAGGAAGCAUCCGGCGACACGCCUUUUCAUCGAACUUCAUUUUGUGCCGUAGUCACUGAGGCGGCUGAUGGUAGUGCGUUUCAUAUAACGACCUAUGGCGGGUGGAGUCUGCUGGAUCAACGGUCAUAUGAGGACAUCGAUGCCACCGAUCUUUCGAAUCAUACAAACAAGGGGCAGCAGGUGAAUGUGAAUCCGACUAUUGGACGGGACAGCCUUACUGGUGCUUGCCAAGUAUACCGCGGCACGGAGAUGAUUGUUCUUGGUGGCGAGGUCCGUGAAGGCGCAUAUUCGCUCGCUAAUGGCGCAUGCAGUAAUACGUUUGAGCCUGCUCGGGCUUUGGAUUAG